CUUCAGGUCACAGGAAGUGAAUGACAUGGGAAAAAAUGCAAGUUCUGAAGGCUACUUUAUUCUACUGGGUUUUUCUAAAUGGCCUCAUCUGGAAGUGGUUCUCUUUGUCGUUAUCUUGAUAUUCUACUUGAUGACACUGAUUGGCAACCUGUUUAUCAUGAUGCUGUCAUACUUGGACUCCCAUCUCCAUACUCCCAUGUACUUCUUCCUCUCAAACCUCUCUUUUCUGGAUCUAUGCUAUACCACUAGUUCCAUCCCUCAGUUACUAGUCAACCUUUGGGGUCCUGAGAAGACCAUCUCUUAUGUUGGGUGCAUGAUUCAACUCUACUUGGUCCUUGCCCUGGGAACCACAGAGUGUGUCCUACUGGUGGUGAUGUCCUAUGACCGUUAUGUAGCUGUGUGUAAACCCUUGCAUUACAGUGUCCUCAUGCAUCCUCGUUUUUGCCACCUUUUGGCCAUGGCUUCUUGGAUAAGUGGCUUCACUGCCUCAGCACUUCAUUCCUCCUUUACCUUAUGGGUACCCUUGUGUGGACAUCGCCAAGUGGAUCACUUUUUCUGUGAAGUUCCAGCACUGCUGAGAUUGUCAUGUGUUGACAUUUGGGCUAAUGAACUGACCCUUAUGGUCAUGAGCUCCAUUUUUGUAAUAAUACCACUUAUUCUCAUUCUCAGCUCCUAUGGUGCCAUUUUCCGUGCUGUGCUGAGAAUGCAGUCAACAACUGGAUUUCAGAAAGUCUUUGGGACAUGUGGAGCCCAUCUUAUGGUUGUGUCCCUCUUCUUUAUUCCAGUUAUGUGCAUAUAUCUCCAGCCACCCUCUGGGAAAUCUCAAGAUCAAGGCAAGUUCAUUGCCCUCUUUUAUACUGUUGUCACACCUAGCCUUAACCCUCUAAUCUAUACCCUCAGGAACAAAGAUGUAAGAGGGGCAGUAAAGAGACUAAUGGGGUCAGGAAACCAACCCAACCGUCUCCUCUUCCUCCCUUUUGGACCCACUGGAAAGCCUGUCCCUACCCCCCAGACCCCUCCUUAUGCUGAAGCACAACCCCCUCUCCCCCAGAUAGCACCACUAUCCCUUCCCCUUACCCCGACAGCCCCCUGUCCUCCCAUCUCACCCACCUCCCCAGACGCCUCCUCCUCCAUCUUUCCCACCCUUCCCUCUCCUGUGAGCCAUCACACCCGCUCCCAACAACUUCUUUGCCCCCUGCACGAAGUUGCUGGGUCUGAAGGAAUUGUACACAUUCACACCCCCUUCUCCCUGGCUGAUUUGUCCCAAAUUGAAAAAUGCUUAGGCUCUUUUUCUAAUGACCCUACUACUUACAUCAAAGAGUUCCGAUACCUCUCUCAGACCUAUGAUUUAACUUGGCAUGACAUAUAUGUCAUCCUCUCCUCUACCCUCCUCCCAGACGAAAAAGAUAGAGUCCUUAGUGCCGCCCGAGAACAUGCUGACCAAACCCACCUAACAGAUAACUCCAUGCCCGUCAGAGCAGACGCUAUUCCAGUGCAAAACCCAGGCUGGGAGUACCAGCCUGACACCCAGUCUGGAUGGACUUGGAGAGCCCGCAGAGAUAAAAUGUUCCAAUGCCUCCUGUCAGGCAUACAAGCUGUCUUUCAUAAAGCAGUUAACUUUAACAAACUCCGAGAGAUUACCCAACUUCCGGAUGAGAACCCAGCCACCUUCCUGAACUGA